AACCCAUCACGCCAAGCAAACAAACCCACUGCCUUAUGCACUUUUUUUUCCUACUCUCUCUCUCUAGUCUACAAAGAGAAACAGAAAGAGUGGUUUUUUUAUUUUUUUUAUAGGGCAAAUUAAUAAUAAAAUACUAAUAGUAUAGAACACCCUUUUGUGUGAAUGACUCUUUGGAAAGUCCAUGCAUUCUAGAGAGAGAGAGAUAUAUAUAAAACAAAGCCAAGAUCAGAGGACCCUUUUGUGUGAAUUUAUUAGUUUCUGAGUAAAAAAGCAAAAAUGGUUGGAAUUUUCUCAAGGUUUUCUGCCAGCAGGGCUGGCCAUCGAAGAACGCAAAGUGCACUUGAUGAGAGGGAAGUUUUGCCUCCAAAUUCAGAGGUUACAGGUGCAGCUACUGCUGUCACUGCUGCUUCUCAUGGGAUAGAAGUAGCAGUGGAGUUUAAGCCAGUUGAGCAUCCGAGUGAACCUCUUGACACUGAUAAACCAAUUCAAUGUCCAUUACCUGAACCUUCAAUUCUUAAUGAUGGAAGAAUUUGGAAGGAGCGAGUAUCUGCAAGUGUACGAAGGAGAGCUGACUUGCCAGUGAUGAAGGAAGGUGUUGCUCUUGAAACUGAAGCUGCUGGGACAAAACAAAGGUCAACUCAGUCCAAUCGCUUGAUCCUACCAUCUCUUAGUGCUCCUGAACAUAAUCUUCUUAACUUACUUGAAGACUGUAAUCCAUCUGGGAUUUAAAACAUGGUUUUGUUUCUUGAUUGGAAUUGUCAAUUCCAUUUAGUCAUACACAAUUUCAAAUGCGUUCUUUGACUUCUUUCUUCUUUCCUUUUUUUUUUAUUUUUACUUGCAAUAUCUUAUUUCCCCAUUUUUAUAUUAUUGCUUAAAUAUAUGUAUUUCUAAAGGUGUCAUAGCCAAGUCACACUUUGUAUAUGUCUAUUAAUGAAUUAUAUUAAAGUGUCAAUAUACACAUGAUUCUAAUAGGGGUUUA